GCAAGAUAAUCAACUAAAAACUAAAUCCAAAUCGCCAUACGAAAUUUACUAUAGUGGCGCGUGGUACUUUAUUUGGUGGCACUGCAAAUCGGUUCUGUAUUGGUGGUGCAAGAGACAUGCUGCUUUGAGUUUUGGUCCUUAUUUUCGCUAAUUUUCACAAUAUGGAUCUGGACAAGCAGGCUGUAAAAAUCAAGUAUGAACUGCACGAAGAAAUAGACAUAGACACUGUAAAAGUAGAGAAUGAAGAUCCCAACGAAUCUGUCUGGUAAGACGCCAGGUUCUUGAAGCACCACCAAUCUCUAUAGAAAUAAGAAAAACUAAUUCCUAUUCCACAUUAAAUCUGCCAUCUCAACCUUUUUUUCUAGUAUCAAAUCCGAAAAUGCUGAAAUUAGUGAUUCUGCAGGGCUUGAACUUGAUAAUGGUGUAUAUCAGUCUGCAACUGACAAAAUGAGAAUCAAGACUGAAAUUCCAGACAUAGCUACUAAACAAGAUAGAGAAGAUUUGAGUAUCACCAGUUUGCUGCAAACAAACUCAUAUACUUGUUACUCAGCAUGGCCAAGGAAACAAGUGGAGCAGACCAAAGAAAACUGGGGUAAAACAUCUUUCAAUAAAGUAGCAAGUAAGGAAGUUAAAGUGGAAGACGAUGCCAAGGUGCAGUGUGAAGAUAAGGACAAUUCAGAGCUGAAUCAACAACUAGAUGUCCACAUGAAAAUCAAUUCAACUGCCCCGUCUGCAGAAUUAGACCUCGACAGUGCCGCGCAAAAGAACGCGCCGCAGAAGGACACCGGCAAAGAGGAGAGAUACAUUUGCUAUAUCUGUGACUUUAGUUCUAGUUGUAAGGCGGGCUUGAUAAGCCACGUCAACCGUAACAAGUGCAGAAUGAAAACCAGCGCGGUCGAAUCUCCAUCGAAAUCCAUCGUUCAUAAAAGACACCAUUUGUCCAACGAGUACGUUUGUACGAAAUGCAGAUCGGUAUUUAAAAAGAAAGCGUCUCUAGACAACCACAUAAUCAAACAGCACACCGAGUACGUUGCAUCGGUCUCGACUAGAGUGCACUCUUGUAGAAACUGCGAUUACAAAACUACGAUUAGGAGCAGUUUCCGAAGGCAUAUGCAGGUGCAUCCCAAAGCUCUUAGGUAUGACAUUGAUUCUUGAGAUUCGAAAAUCAGUUCAGUAUAUAGGUUGAUUCAGGAAAACUUUGGCAGUAUUUACAGGGCAUAAGGUAGAUUAAAAGAUAAUUUUUAGUUCUUAUAGUUACUGAGAUACAGGGUGUUGACUUUCAAUUUUGAAAUCGGAAAAUCAGAAUGUAAGGAAUUGACUUAAAAUUUUCUUCAUGAAGAACUAACAGCAUAGCCAAUAUAUACAAUUCGCCUUCCCGAAAUUUUUGUUCCUUCUGGAGAAAAAUUGGUUUGAAUAUUUUAAUUGUCCGUAUAAAAAACUUCAACCUAUUCUCUUUUGAAAACAGGCUGAAUUUGAAAAGAAUUUGUCUACAUAUUUUUGUCCCUCAUAAAAAAGUGCUUAUAUUCAGACUUGCAGAUAUUGUAAAACAAGGAAUUUAGUUUUUCUACUAAUAACGCAUUUAUUUAUGGAGCAAUGAAGUAUGAAUUCGUUUUCUAAAAGUAUUUAAGUAAAUAUUCAUGUUUGUCUAUAUACUGUAGUUUCGUCAGUAGCGUAGAAAUUUACAACAUGCUGUAUCCUGGUAACGAGACAUUUAAAGAACUUCGUUUAAUUUUUAUAUGGGCUUUUGUUAUUUUUGAAAUUGAUAAUCUAUAUGUUGCUCACAAGAUUCCGCUGGUGUAUACCUGGCAACGUGGUUAUUGUAGUUACACCAGUACAUAUUUUUGUAAGUAAACUGUAAAAUCUGAUUCAGUUGUUCAUGUUUUAUAAGAAUAUAGAUCUUAGUUUAUAUUGUUAAUUGUAAAAUAAAUAUAGCUAUAAAUUUUGUACCUUAUAGACAUACAGGCAGAUGUUCCUGGAAAAAAGAAUGUUGUAAAUUGUUUUUGUAGUUUUGAUAUAAUUUGAAAAUACACGAAAUAUUGUCAUAA